ACGGCCCCGGGGCGGCCGCGAGGAGUGAUCCGAGACAGCGCGGGCGGCAACUACAACCUCCUCAACUACAACCUCCACAACUACAGGCAACAACUACAGGCGGCAACAACAACUACAGGCGGCAACAACUACAGGCGGCAACAACCUCCACAACUACAACCCCACAACUACAGGCAGCAACAACCUCCGCAACUACAGGCAACAACUACAACCUCCACAACUACAACCCCACAACUACAGGCGGCAACAACCUCCACAACUACAACCCCACAACUACAGGCGGCAACAACCUCCACAACUACAGGCGGCAACAACAUCCACAACUACAACCCCACAACUACAGGCGGCAACAACUACAGGCAGCGGCAACAACUUCCACAACUACAGGCGGCAACAACAACUACAGGCGGCAACAACCUCCACAACUACAACCCCACAACUACAGGCGGCAACAACUACAGGCAGCGGCAACAACUUCCACAACUACAGGCGGCAACAACCUCCACAACUACAGGCGGCAACAACUACAGGCGGCAACAACCUCCACAACUACAGGCGGCAACAACAUACUGCUACAGCUACUACUACUACAGCUACUACAGCUACUACUACAGCUACUACUACUACAGCUACUACUGCUGUAACAACUACUACAGCUACUACUACAGCUACUACUACAGCUACUACUACAGCUACUACUGCUGUAACAACUACUACUACAGCUACUACUACUACAGCUACUACUACUACAGCUACUACUGCUGUAACAACUACUACAGCUACUACUACAGCUACUACUACAGCUACUACUGCUGUAACAACUACUACUACAGCUACUACUACUACAGCUACUACUGCUGUAACAACUACUACUACAGCUACUACUGCUGUAACAACUACUACUACAGCUACUACUACUACAGCUGCUACUACAGCUACUACUACAUCUACUACUGCUGUAACAACUACUACUACAGCUACUAUUACUACAGCUGCUACUACAGCUACUACAGCCUGACAACUACAGCCACUAACUACAACUACCGCUACAACCUUACCCCCCCCGCCACGUCCGUCUUUGUAUCUCCCGAUUUGGGGCGUCGCACUUUUGAUUAGUGGAUGAAGUUGUUAUCAAUAUUAAUAACGAUAACGGUGUUAAUGUUGUUAUUUACGUGUUAAUUAAUUUGUGGCAACGCAUUUGUUGUUGUUGUUACAAUGACCCACUUUAGUAGCGACGUAAUAAUGGUCAUCUUCAAUCGGAUUGUUUAGAAGUUAACAACAAAUGCAAUUGACGUUGUAGUUAACGAUACGAUUAUCAUCACAAGCGCAUCAAGUUAUAAUUGUGAUGAUUCUCAUUGUAGUCGGCGUACUUGCUGUCGUUUCAAAUUGAAUGAUUCCGCUUGGGACUUGCUCCACCAGACAUCCGAUCCAUCACAGCGGAAAAUUAUCACCGUCAAUAUCAUCAUCAUCAUCAAUCUCAUCAUCAUCAUCAUCAAUCUCAUCAUCAUCAAUCUCAUCAUCAUCAAUCUCAUCAUCAUCAAUCUCAUAAUCAAUAUCAUCAUCAUCAAUCUCAUAAUAUCAAUAUCAUCAUCAAUCUCAUCAUCAUCAUCAUCAUCAAUCUCAUCAUCAUCAAUCAUCAUCAUCAAUCUCAUCAUCAUCAAUCUCAUCAUCAUCAAUCUCAUCAUCAUCAAUCUCAUCAUCAUCAAUCUCAUAAUCAAUAUCAUCAUCAUCAAUCUCAUAAUAUCAAUAUCAUCAUCAUCAUCAUCAAUCUCAUCAUCAUCAAUCUCAUCAUCAUCAAUCUCAUAAUCAAUAUCAUCAUCAUCAUCAUCAAUCUCAUCAUCAUCAAUCUCAUCAUCAAUCUCAUCAUCAUCAAUCUCAUAAUCAAUAUCAUCAUCAUCAAUCUCAUAAUAUCAAUCUCAUCAUCAUCAAUCUCAUCAUCAUCAAUCUCAUCAUCAUCAAUCUCAUCAUCAUCAAUCUCAUAAUCAAUAUCAUCAUCAUCAAUCUCAUAAUAUCAAUAUCAUCAUCAAUCUCAUCAUCAUCAAUCUCAUCAUCAUCAAUCUCAUCAUCAUCAAUCUCAUAAUCAAUAUCAUCAUCAAUCUCAUAAUAUCAAUCUCAUCAUCAUCAAUCUCAUCAUCAUCAAUCUCAUAAUAUCAAUCUCAUCAUCAUCAAUCUCAUAAUCAAUAUCAUCAUCAAUCUCAUCAUCAUCAAUCUCAUCAUCAUCAAUCUCAUCAUCAUCAUCAAUCUCAUCAUCAUCAUCAAUCUCAUCAUCAUCAAUCUCAUCAUCAAUCUCAUCAUCAUCAAUCUCAUCAUCAUCAUCAAUCUCAUCAUCAUCAUCAAUCUCAUCAUCAUCAAUCUCAUCAUCAAUCUCAUCAUCAUCAUCAAUCUCAUCAUCAAUCUCAUCAAUAUCAUCAUCAAUCUCAUCAUCAAUCUCAUCAUCAUCAAUAUCAUCAUCAAUCUCAUAAUAUCAUCAUCAUCAUCAAUCUCAUCAUCAUCGAUCUCAUCAUCAAUCUCAUCAUCAUCAUCAUAAGCCAACAUAAUCAUUACAAUCAUCAUCAUCAUCAGUUCGUAUCCACGACUAUGAGACACCCCGCGGCAUGCGCGCUGCCUGCCACUGUGAAGUGAUGACAGGGCAGCAGCAGCAGCAGCCAGGGCAGCAGCAGCAGCAGCACAGCUGCCCCGGGACUGCCCCUGGGACUCUCCUCCUCCUGCUGCUGCUGAUGAUGAUGACGCUGAUGAUGGUCGGGAUGGCGCCUCCAGUAGCUGCUGUGGGCAGCACGGGGAGUCUGAGCUGCCCCGUCGCCUGCACUUGCCGCUGCCCUCUGCCCCCGCUGCUGCCCGCGGAGUGUUCGGUGAACUGCACGCUGGGAGAACUGCAGCGGCUGCCUCCUCUACUGCCCGACAACACCUCGUCACUGGACCUGUCGCACAACAACAUCCAGGAGUUGGAGGAGGACGUCCUGUCGCGUGUCGCGCACUCCCUCUCCGUGCUGAAUCUGACGGACAACAAGAUCUUCCGCCUCGGCGUGCACGCCUUCCGCGACAUGACCUCGCUGCUCGUGCUGGAUCUGAGCGACAAUCAGAUCGGCACGCUGCCCAACGGCGUCUUCGACAACCUCACGAGCCUCGCCGUGCUGGACGUGAGCGGGAACCCGCUGGACUGCGGCUGUGAGCUGGCGUGGCUGCCCUGGUGGCUGGUGGCGCCGGCGCGCGCUGGCAGAGUGGUACUGGCGCGGCCGUUGCGCUCGCUGUGCGCCCUGCCGGACCGCCUGGCCCACACGCCCGUCACCGCCGCCAACUUCUCCAGCGCCGUCUGCGCUGCCGACUACGUUGCCUGCUUGCGCCCGGCCUCGACGCUCAUCUUCUCGGCCGUGGACGAGGACGCGCACGACGAGCUCGGCUGCAACGCCGCGUGCGCCCGCCGCCGCCUCGCCUACUUCUCCUCGGACCCGGCGCUCAACUUCCUGUGCCUGUGCGGCGACGCGGGCGGCUCCCCGCCGGCGGCGCCCGACUGCGCCGCCGUCUGCUCGACGGGCUACCCGGCGAGCCGCGCCGUGUGCGGUCGCGUCGUGGUGGCGCCGCCGGCGCCCGUCCGCUCGGGAGCCUCCUUCCGCGGCCUGCGCCCGUCAGCGUCUUCGAGACGGCCGAGUUUCGCGCCGCGCCCUGGCACGACCCCGGCGCCGGCUGGCGCGCCCGCUGGGACUUCGGCGACGGGGCGGCGCCGCUGGACGUGGCCGGCGGCGCCGCCGCGCGGCACAAGUUCGCGCUGCCCGGCACCUACGCCGUGA